CUGGCCAAACGGAUCGGGAUCGGAACGGACCGGACCGGAUGGCGACAGAAUCCGAAGCAGCCAACGAAUCUGCGGGUUAAUCGUUUCCCAACGACAGACAGCUCCGUGAGUCGCCCCAGACAAACAAAUGGAGAUUAUGCGACUUUAGUCGAUGGUUUGAUGGCACUGCUCAAGGUGUGCUCCCAGCCCCCAGCGGAAAAACUCUUGUGAACACUGAAGAAUUGUGAAUUGUGAAAAGCGAAAGCUAGCGCGCGUCAUGUACUGCACCACCCGACUGCUCAGAUCCGUUCUGUGUGUCAUCAGUGCCAUUUGUGCCCUAGGUGGCUGCCUGCUCAUCUGGUAUGGCGCCUGGCUGCUGGACAGCCUCUCCGACGAGCAGAGAGUGAUGGGCCUGGAUCACGGCGAGGAUCUGGCCGCCGUUCUCUGCAUCCUCCUGGGCACCGUCAUCAUAGUGGCCAGCAUCUUUGGCACGGUGGCCGUGGCCAAGGACUCCAGGAAUCUGUUGAUCUGUUAUGCAGUUUUAUUGGUCUUACUUCUGAUCAUUCAGUUUGUGAUGCUUAGCAUAAGUUAUGCAGCCAGCCGAGAAUCUUUGCCGGAUUCGCUGAGACAGGGAUUCGAUGACCUGUGGGACCUGCAGCAUGAAGGCAACAGCACUCUAAACACUUACGAAGAGUGGCUCCACUGUUGUGGUCGUAAUAGUGCCGAGGACUAUCUCCACCUGGAGAAGAUGCCUCCCCCGAGCUGUUGUCUCGAUCAGGACUGCGCCCAAAUCUUGAAUCUCUUCAUGACCGGUUGCGAAACCAAGUUCAAGGAGUAUGUCAGCGGAAAGACCGCGAAUUUUCACUCCCUUAGUUGGUUUCUAAUACUCUUUGAGUUUGCCGGCUCGGUGACCACCUGCUACCUGGCAGACAGCAUUCGCAAUCAUCGCGACCGCAUACGAUUCUAUAAUUAAAUUAGUUUUAAGUGUUUUGCACGAACUGUAUUAUCGUUAUUCGUUGUGAGUAAUUUCCUAGCCACGAAGCCCUGGCGAAAUGUGAUUGUAAUUUACGAUGAUUAAUCAAGUUAGGCUACAGAUAUACCAAGUAUUCAUUCAUAAAACUGUAAAUCUGGCACCCACGCCUUCGAAAAUAAAUAAAAACCCGUUGCCAUUGACUAAA